AUGCCCGUGAGAAUCCGCGGGAGGCGGCGCCGCGGGCAGCCCUACCAGAGGGACGACUUCCUGCCCGUGGUCCUGGACGGCCUCGGGCGCCAGAACGAUGGGCUGGGCGAGGUGCAGCAGCACCGGAACGUCAUCGCGGCCGCGCUCCGCAAGAUGGGGAACCCCGAGGACGGCGACGUCGUCACAGAGCUCUCGUACGACGCCUCGCGGGACUGGGGCGUCUCCAAGCAGACGAUGCAGGUGACGCAGAACCAGGUGGAGACGGAGGUGACGCUGCGCCAGCCGCUGGGCGCGCUGCGGGACGUCUCCUACCAGCUCUACAGGGGCUCGGAGAUCCUGGAGAGCGCCUUCGAGGAGCGCACCGACAGGCUCUGCGUGUUGCGCCAGGUCUCGGAGCUGCUCCAGCUGCCCUUCGAGGAAAUUUACUCGGACUUCGACGCGAUCUGCCCCCAGGGCUGCGCCAAGGAGAUCCGGCAGUUCUGCGAGUGGCGUAAGGCGCCGAUGUUCAUCGUGAACUGCCGAGGGCAGAUGAUCGACUGCUACGAGCCGCCCGUGAAGGAGGAGCGGGCCCUGGCGCUGUGCGUCUACCGCGACCACGCUUACUUCUACAAGAGCGCGCGGGCCGUGGCCUGGUGCGACGGCGAGCCGCGGGACACUCCGAGCUACCGCGGGGAGCGGCGGGCCUUCGGCGAGUGGCGGGAGUGGCAGGGCGCCCUCGAGCCCGGGCACUACUGGGCGAAGGACCUGCGCGUCGCGCGCUCCCGCCUGCUUGCGGAGGGCCACCAGCCCAAGGUGGUCAUGCGCGGGCUCGUGGAGUGGCGCUGCCUGCGCCUCCGCGAUCCCGAGGACGCGGAGGUGCUGGACGCGUGGAUGGGCAAGCUGGGCUUCGUGUACCGCGGGCAGCGGCUCGCCGGGGCGGCCAGCGAGGUCUUCGGCGCGCUGCUGAAGGCGCGCAGGGACCGCGGCGACGUGCAGGGGCUGCUGCGGGAGCAGCGGGGAGCCUGCGCGCUCUGCGCCGCGCCCAUCGACGCGGGCAGCUGCGAGGCCCUGUGCCUGGAGUGCCACCGCGCCAAGACGUUCCUGGAGUGCUCCCACGCCACGAGCCUGGAGAGCCGGCUCUGCCGCCACGUCUUCGAGAGCUACGCCUGCUCCCCGCGGCUGCCGCCGCUCGUGUGCGGGCUGGCGAAGUGUAACCCCGAGAAGGUGUGCCAGGGCGUGGACGUGGUGCGGUGCCGGAAAAACGCCCUGGCCAACGCCCCCUUCCCGCUGCCCGUCUUCUGCCCGCUGGACAGCAUCCGGCAGGCGGAGGAGGGGCAGCUGGCGGACCUCACCUUCGUGCGGAAGCGGGAGGACAAGCGCGAGGGUUUUUUGGCGCGGCUGCCCUACGUCGGCCCGGGCUGGUACGGGAAGCCGGCGGUGGCUUACAUGCUCGACGCGGGCCUCGCGAGAUGGGCGGACUGCGAGUGGUCCCUGCAGGCCACUGCCCACGUGGCGCCCGACUGCCUGGCGCGGGCGCUGGAGGUCAUGGAGGGGGGCUGGCCCGAGGGCGAGGAGCACUUCGCGAAGCUGAGCGUGAACGCGCUCAUCGGGCUGUGGGCGCGCUCCAAGGACGUCUUCUACUCCAUGAGAACGAGCAGCCACGAGGCGGACGGCUGGGGCUCCGAGUUCCUGCAGGUCUUCUUCGACGCCGCGGGCGCCUGCCACUACGACCACGUCUACGCCACGGAGCUCUUCACGAACCGCUCCACUCGCCCGGCGCACGACUUCCUCCGAGUGCCGCCCCGCUACCUCGUGGCGCUGAAGACCGACUGCCUCGUGUACCAGAACCUGCCGAGAAAGUUCCUGCCCGCCGUGGAGGCGCUCACGCGGCACCGGCACCGUGACGGCACGCCGAAGUUUCGGUUCGAGGAGGUGAAGCGAUUGGAGGGAGACUGCCGAGAGCCGCGGCUGGAGACGGAGCCGAGGACCGAGGACCCCGUGGCGCACUGCCUGGACGGGGGCAGCCUGCUGCUCUCCGGCAUGCCGGGCACGGAGAAGACGCACCUGGCGCGGCGGAUCGUGGCGCAGCUCUCGGCGCAGGGCGAGGACGUGACGCUCAUCUCGAAGACGCACUGCAGCAACCAGCGCAGCGACGAGACGAUCUUCCGCUUCCUGCGGUGGCUUCGCGUGGACGAGCCGGAGCAGCCGCCGCUGCGGGAGGCCGUGCAGGCGGUGUGGGAGCUGUUCCCGCGGCGGGGCCACCCCGACACCUGCCUCGUCAUCUCCCACGCCCACCGGAUGGCCAUCAAUGAGCGGGAGAACCGGCGGCUCGCGCCGGAGGGAGCGCUGCUGGUGGAGCACCGGGCGCAGGGGCCCGCGGGCACCAACCAGCCGCAGACGAUGCGUGUGUGGCCGGGACUGAGGCUCGGCUGCUUCGCCGCGGUGCGGGAGGUGGGGGAGCGGAUCUGGCUGGACGACGGGCAGAGCUUCACGCCCGCGGAGCUACUGCGGCACACGCGGCUCUGCCACGCGAUCACAUACGCUUCGUGCCAAGGCCUCACGCUGCCGGGGAGGGUGUGGCUCUGCGACGUCGAGAACCCGCACUUCUCGGUGAAGCACCUGUACGUGGGCGCGUCGCGGGCCACGGGCGCGGAGCUCCUGAGCGAGGGCGUAAAACACGCCACCGCACCGCCGCACCACCGCCGCACCGCCACCGCACCGCACCACCGCCGCACCGCACCGCCGCACCACCGCCGCACCGCCGCCGCUCUCGGCCAGAGUUCCCCAUCUCCCCCGCAUGCACCGCGCCACCGCGCCGCCACCACUCUCGGCCAUGAGUUCCCCAUCUCGCCCGCAUGCCGCGCCACCGCGCCGCCACCGCACCGCGCCACCGCACCGCGCCACCGCACCGCGCCACUGCACCGCGCCACCGCACCGCGCCGCCGCACCGCGCCGCCGCACCGCCGCCGCUCUCGGCAAAAGCCCCCCAUCUCCCCCCAAAUCGAAUUACACCUGAACGACUUUCUCGUUAACAUCGCCGCGCACCGCCGCCGCGCUACAGACUGCAGUCUUCCGGGGUAA